CGUGAAUGCUCUCGUCUCCCGUCACAAUAGCUUCGGCUCCACAUUGUUUACAAGCUGACAGUCCUCGGCCGCUUGUUGCUGUGCCACUUUGUCGUGACUUUUCGUCACGCGAACCUCCAUAUGUUCGAGUAGCUUCGCCGGGAGGGAGUCAUGGCGAAACAUCGGCAGCCCGAGCCGACGGCGCCACCCUCACCGGCAACAGCUGACAAGGAGGCUCAGCGGAAGCGGACUCGGCCUCUGCCCGUCUUUUUCUGGGAGACCGUGCAUGUCAUGAAGUGGAUGAAACGUGUCUGCAUCAACCAUUAUACCUCAUACUCAACACUCUUCCUCGAUCACGAGAUUACAGGUCGAUCACUGGUGCGACUGAACGAUGUCAGCCUUGAAAAGAUGGGUAUCAAGGACGCGAAUCACCGGGAUGAACUGUACCGUGAAAUUCUCAAGCUCAAGCUGAAAAGCAACAUUUUGGAGAUGAGGGACCUUGAAAGCAAAGGCACUGAGUUUUCGACUGUAGGAAUGAGCUGAACACACAUUCUGAAGACCCCUACUGAAGACUCAUACUCAGGUUCAUCAUAAAUGCUAUUUCAUGAGA